GGAAUUUUUAGAAAUAAAUUCUCUGUAUAGUUUUUGCAUGAGGCUUAUCGUAUGUAAAUAGGAUAUUCUUGGGAAUAAGAGGAUUAUUAGUCGCAACUGCACCGACGGAGAGUCGUUGACGAAAAGGAACGACGCAGUGAAGGCGGCUAUAGCAGCGAAAAAGCUGGACGGUCUUUCUCGAUACGCGAGGGAUUAUCAGGAGAAGCAAGGAUAUUUCGAAGAGGGCAUGCAGCUGCUUUAUCACUACGGUGGAAUGGAUCGUGGGAAUAGAGAGAAACUGGGCCAGGGAGCCAGACAUAAGCGUGCUCACAGAGACAACGAAACCGAUGACGACGUGAUGCAUGUGAUUAUGAAAAUAAAAGUUCCCUUGCUCCGCGUGAAAUCUGAUUACCAACUGACUGGAAAAGUUGGUCAGGAACUGGUGAGAGGGAACGGCAAGCUAAGUGGCAAUUUCACGGAAUUAAUCGGCGACUUCACGGUCGAACUGAAGAAGGUGAAGAAUCAGGAUAUGCUAAUCGUCCGUGCAGCCAGGAGUAAGUUGAGCGCCAAAAAGCAGGACGUUUCUCUUCAGGGAAUGGACGAAAAAGGAGCAGUGAAAUCGAUUCUCACAAACGGUAAGUACAGAACUUAUUUUCUCGAGUGAAAUAAAAUCAGAUUAUUAUCGAAUCAAUCGAAGUCUGUAAUUUGAACGCACGAUCCGUGCGUCACGAACGACAAUGCUGUAGCCGGUUCACGCAUUAUGUAAAAGCUCGACGGUUGCGUCACGGAGCCGGUGUUCUUCCGUAAUUAUCAGUCGCCGGGGAAACCCGCUUAGGAAAAAUAGGAAUUCCACAAAGAAAAACGAAGAAAGUUUUGUUUAGACGCGACGUUUGGGCGUUCGUUUCGUGCUUAAACGGCGGAACGCGCCGGGCAUGCAUGCGAUUAUGCGACGUUAAAGAUGGAUGGCACGCAAAAGGAAACGCUUUCGUUCGACCGAAUGA